AUUCACACUGUCCAACUCCACAAACCCACCACCAUGACCAACCAACGAAGCUUUCCACCAACUCAAUCUCGAUAAAUCAUUUUUCAUAACCCCAAAAAGAGUUUCAUGUGAACAAUUUUACGAAACCCCCAAUUUUCCCUUCUCUGGAUUCAUCGUUUUUCUCCUAAAUUCAUCGAAUACUUUGAAACCCUAGAAGCUGAAGUAGACGGAUAAAAUGUCAAUUUACAAGACGAAUUUCUUUGAUCCUCAAUCGGCGGCGGAGAAGGCGGUCUCUGUGAUCGGGUAUGGUUAUGAUCUCACUUGCGAUAUCCGGUUAACCGGUUGUAAACCGGGUCCAUCCGGGUCAACCCUGAUCGAACUCGAUGAAACCCUAACUAAGGAUCUGGUGGUUCCCGGCGGCGUCGUUGUUCCCAAUGUUCCUUCGUCGAUUAAGUGCGAUAAAGGCGAACGAACCAGGUUUCAUUCAGAUGUUCUUUCGUUUAAUCAGAUGUCGGAGCAGUUUAAUCAGGAUUUAUCUUUAUCGGGAAAGAUACCUUCUGGGCAUUUCAAUUCGAUGUUUGGUUAUAAAGGGUGUUGGCAAAAAGACGCGCCCACCACGAAGAAUCUAGCUUUCGAUGGUUGGUUUAUUACAUUGUACAACAUCGAGUUAGCAAAAGCGCAAAUCACGUUAUCUAAGAAGGUGAAGCAAGAAGUGCCUUCUUCGUGGGACCCUACUGCACUUGCCGAGUUUAUCGAUAAAUAUGGUACUCAUAUUGUCGUUGGGGUAAAGAUGGGGGGUAAAGAUGUAAUUUACCUAAAGCAGCUACAAAGUUCAAAUCUUGAGCCAGCGGAAGUGCAGAAUUUGGUAAAGCAGCUAGCAGAUGAUGAAUUGUCCGAAGAUUUAUCUGAAGCUUCUGUUUCGGGAUCUGAUAAACCGUUAAAGCAAAAGGAUGAACGAACCGUAGCUUGGGAUCUCCCUCCGGUACUCGCGAAUUCUCUACGACAAUCCGUUGUUUCUCGCUCCAAGAAGGACGAUCUACUUAGCAUUCAUGUUCGUCGGGGAGGUAUUGACAAAGGUCAAAGCCACAAACGUUGGCUUUCGACUGUAUCACAAUCGCCUAAUGUCAUCGCUAUGUCGUUUGUUCCGAUCGUUGCACUUCUAAGCGGUGUUCGUGGUAGUGGAUUUCUGAGCCACGCGAUCAAUCUGUACCUUCGAUACAAACCGCCGAUUGAGGAACUUGAUCAAUUUCUGGAGUUCCAAUUGCCACGGCAAUGGGCGCCGGCAUACAGUGAUCUUGCGCUUGCUCCUCGACGCAAAAGAAACCCGACCCCAUCGCUUCAGUUCACUUUCUUGGGUCCUCGGCUCUAUGUCAAUACCACCAAGGUUGAUUCCGAGAAUCGGCCGGUCACUGGCGUACGCUUGUACUUAGAAGGACGGAAGAGCGACCGGCUAGCCAUCCAUCUACAACACCUCUCUUCGGUUCCAAAGAUGCUCGAACUCUCCGACGACAUCACCUACAAACCUAAUUACGAGCCAAUCGAAAAAGGGUAUGUCGAGCCUGUCAAAUGGAACAUAUUCUCGCACGUGUGCACUGUCCCGGUCGAGCACACCGAGACCCACAUCGACGACUCGGCUUCCAUCGUCACCAAAGCAUGGUUCGAAGUCAAAGGCGUCGGUAUGAAAAAGGUCCUCUUCCUCCAACUAGGAUACUCAACGGUCGGAUCGGCAAAGAUCCGACGGUCCGAAUGGGACGGACCCUCCAUGCAUUCUCGGAAAUCGGGACUCAUGUCGACGUUGAUGAGCACACCGUUCAGCAUGGGACUUGCUACACCGGAACAGAAGCCGGUGAAGGUGGAUUUGAACUCCGCCAUCUAUCCGGAUGGGCCGCCAUCGAGACCGCCAAAGAUGUCGAGUUUCGUGGACACGAAGGAGAUGGUGCGGGGCCCGGAAGAUCCUCCGGGAUAUUGGGUGGUGACCGGAGCAAAGCUGUGUGUGGAGGGAGGUAGAAUUAGGGUGAAAGUGAAGUAUUCAUUGUUGACGAUACUGUUAGAAGACUCCAUUUUGAUGUGAAGAAAUUUACAGCAGUUUUAAGGAUUGCUGUGAUUUUUUGUACAUGAUGCAUUGCUAAUUGUACAUUUUUUUUAAUUGCUGAUUAGAGCAUUUAAAA